AGCUAACAUAUCAUCAAAGUAAUCUUAAUUGGCAAUGGCUAGCAAGGUCCCUUUCUUGACUAUGAUUAUCAUACUUUCUGCAGUUUCCUCAGGAAACUCACUCAGCUUGAACCACUAUGAAAAGUCAUGCCCUAAUGUUGAGUUCAUUGUUGCCAAAGCAGUGAAGGAUGCCACAGCUAGGGACAAAACAGUUCCUGCAGCACUUCUGCGAAUGCAUUUUCAUGACUGCUUCAUUCGGGGAUGCGAUGCCUCUGUGCUCCUAAAUUCAAAAGGAAAGAACAAAGCCGAAAAAGAUGGACCACCAAAUAUUUCUUUGCAUGCAUUCUAUGUCAUUGAUGCAGCAAAGAAAGCAGUAGAAGCUUCAUGCCCUGGUGUGGUUUCUUGUGCUGAUAUUCUUGCUCUAGCAGCAAGGGAUGCAGUUUUUCUGUCUGGAGGACCUACAUGGGAUGUUCCUAAAGGAAGAAAGGAUGGUAGAAUAUCUAAGGCCAGUGAAACAAUAAAUUUACCAGCACCAACUUUCAACAUAUCACAAUUGAAGCAAAGCUUCUCUCAAAGAGGUUUAUCAACAGCAGACCUAGUAGCUCUGUCAGGAGGACACACUUUAGGUUUCGCCCACUGCUCAUCCUUCAGCAAGAGAGUCCAUAAUUUUGAUGCUACACAUGAUUGGGACCCUUCAAUAAAUCCAUCAUUUGCAGUGCAACUGAAAUCAAUUUGUCCUUUGAAAAACCAGGCCAAAAAUGCAGGCACCAUUAUGGAUCCUUCUUCAACAAGUUUUGAUAAUACAUAUUACAAGUUGAUCCUCCAACAUAAAGCUCUGUUUACUUCUGAUCAAGUUCUGCUUGAUAGCCAAGAGGGUAAGAACCUGGUCUUUAAGUUUGCCGCCUCAAAAAAGGCUUUUUAUGAGGCUUUUGUUAACGCCAUGAUCAGAAUGAGCAGCAUCAAUGGCGGGCAGGAGAUUCGGAAGGACUGCAGAGUUGUCAAUUAGAAAGUCUUAGGUCAAUUUAAGUUAAAUAGUGAUUUACCAAAUAAGUAAGAUGUGUGAAAGAGGUUGGAUCAUAUUUGAAAGAUGGCAAGAACAUCACUCAUUUUCCUUUGUAAUAGAAAUUCAUGUAUUGUACAAGUAUGUAUCGACAGGAGAAACUCCUGUGGGAUGAUUAUGUUUUAUUCCAUUGCUUGAUUGUCUGGACAA